AUGCGGCUGCGAAAUACUGUCGCCUUGUUAUUGACUUUGGGAUUCGCGAUCGCUCAAGAGGGGCCAUGCGAGAGGUUCCAGCGGUUGCCGCAAUGCGCGGACAGCUGCGUGUCCAACUACGUCGGGAGUGACUGCCCCAGGACAAAAGGCUUCGUAUGCGACUCAGAAUAUGGUGCCAUAGCCUCGUGCUUUGAGGAACAAUGCCCGCUGGAACAAUACCUUUAUGCAAUGAACAUAACGACCGGCGUGUGCGAUAUUCCCCCUCGAAGCCGCAAGACAACGCAGAUCGGCGUCGGUGCAGCCUUCAUCGCCAUCACAACAAUCGUCAUGGGAAUGAGGUUCUUGGGGCGGCCACCCUUUUCAGACUCAUUUGGGAUAGACGAUGCGAUUGGUGUUUUGACAUAUGUCACGGCUAUGGUGGACACGAUUUUGAUGGUGCAAGCUGCAAGAGAGGGUUGGGGGACUGACAUGUGGUCACUCAGUCGAGAGCAGAUCAUCCACCUAAUGAAGCUCUUCUACAUCGGCAUUAUAUUCUUCUACUUCUCUGUCGCCGUCUCAAAACUCGCCAUUCUCUAUUUCUACCUCCGCAUCUUCACGACCCCCAGCUUCAAACGCGUCACGUAUGCGGUAAUCGCACUCUGCGCAACCUGGGGACUUGCAGUCGUCUUCCAGAGCGCGUUCAACUGCACCCCCGCGUGGUUUUACUGGACCCGCUUCGAUGGGGUCUCUAAGGGGACUUGUCUGAGUUAUACGGCGUUUAAGAUCAUGCCGCCUAUCAAUGUUGCACUCGAUGUUGUUGUCAUGCUUCUCCCGCUGCCGUCGCUGCUCAAGUUGAAUUUGCCCGUUGCGAAGAAGGUUCGGGUUAUUAGCAUGUUUUCUGUUGGGAUAUUGAUCCUCGUCGCGGGCACUCUGCGCCUGACGCAUCUCUACAACUCCAUUACAACAUACAACAUCACAUACAACGGCGGGGAACUUUCUUACUUCGGCGUCAUCGAAGCCCAAGUCAGCGUCAUCUGCACCUGCAUGCCCGCAAUCGCCACGCUGCUCAAACGAGUCAUGCCGCAAUGGUUCGCCUCCCGCAACGGGACACGAUACGGCACGUUCCAAGAAACCGUCUCGCCGCGGAGAGCGACAUUCAGAUCGAGUGCGAAUGCUACCAAACCGACGUCUGGGAUUGACGAGGACGAUAUUCAUUUGAUAACGGUUCUGUCGGACGAGUCGCAUUUGCAGAAGCCAGAGAAGUCGGCUAGUGUGCGUGUGAGUAGAUAG